GUAUUUUUUUUGAAUUUAUUGCAGGUUUUAUUCACCUGUUAGUGUUUAGCUGCCUUUAUUUUCCUAUCAGAUAAAAUAUUUCAUUUUUCCCCCUAAUAUAUCAUCUCUCUAAAAAACAAAACAUAUAAGAUAUAUUUUUUAAAGUAAACAAAAACACCAUAAUUUGUGUGACGGCACCGUUGAGCUGGGCAGGACCACCCCGGGCGCUCAGGUGAGUUACAGCAAUAAGACAAAGGAAAAUAUGAAGAAAAACACCAUAAAAAUAAAAAUUAUAUUCACAAAUAAUAAUAAACACGUUUGAAAGCAGACAUGCGCGCGCCUGGCGUGUCCGCCGCAUUAAUAACGAGUUCAUUAUUAACAAAGAAAACGCUUUUUUCCCAGAAAAAUGGGAAAAAAAUAAAUCAGAUGCAUGAAAAGAUUCAUGUAGAAGUUAGAAAAAACUGAAAAAUGUGGGAAAAAAAACCAACAUCAGAUUUGUACACAAUAAAAAAACAUAUAAACCCGAAUAAAUGUCCGACUGUCUGCAAAAAUAUGUUAUUCGGUUCGUUUAUUGCAGUAAAUGAAUCUGUGAAAAUGUUAAUUAUUUGAAAACGCAAAGGGUUAAUACGUGAAAACAGUAUUUAAUGUAAAAACAAUAUAAAGGUGACAAUUGGUGCAUGAAGAAAGCAUAAAAGCAUCCAGUUCCAUGAAAACAUGACCGCGUCCAGCAGAAAUAGAAACAUGUUUUUACAUUCAGUUAAAAAAACAUUCAAGCUUAUUCCAAAACAUUGCAAAUGAAACUUACAGUUUCGUUGAAAAUCCGCACGAUUUUUGUUAAACGACCAUUGCAGCUGCGAGUUUAAAAAAUAAUAAUAAUAUCACGACGAAAAACCGAGCAGCGGAUCUUGUGGAAACACAAACGAGUCGAAAACGGGAAAAAUGUCCAGAAAAAAGCGUGGAAAACGUUGAAGCAGCUCUGGGUUCCUUAUUAGGGCGAAGAUACAAUAUUUAUUCCUUGUCUCCUGGGAUGCUCCUUCUCCGUCUAUUGUCCUCCCAUUCCUCAGUGCUGAUGCUUAAUUUUCAAAACUUCUAUAUUACCAAGGGACCUACGACAUCAGCCGAGAAAUACCCUGCAAGUACAAAAUCCGUGAGCCAGCCCCGUCCGUGCAGAGGGGAGACGCUGCGUUCCGCCAGCUUUCCACCAAACCGAGAGCGCGCAAAAGGGGAACUUUUCCAUCUCUCUCGCUCUUUUUGGAGGAUUUUAAAGCACUUUUUUUAUUAUUAUUGUUGUUAUUAUUACUAUUAUUAGUCGAUCGGGUCGUAGAGGAGAGUAAGACCAAACUAUCACGGGUUAUUUUGGAGACAGAACAAUGUCAGCGACCUUCCCCGGACUUGUCCACGACGCAGAGAUACGUCACGACGGUUCAAACAGCUACCGGCUCAUGCAGCUCGGUUGCCUGGAGUCGGUGGCCAACUCCUCGGUCGCCUACUCCUCCUCGUCGCCGCUCACCUACCCAGCGCCGGCGGGGACGGAGUUCGCCUCGCCCUACUUCUCGGCCAACCACCAGUACACGCCCCUGCACCACCAGUCCUUCCACUACGAGUUCCAGCACUCCCACCCGGCCGUGGCCCCGGAGGCCUACGGGCUGAACUCGCUGCACUCCGGCCAGUACUACCAGCAGAUCCACCACGGGGAGCCCGCCGACUUCAUCAACCUCCACAGCGCGCGCUCGGCCCUCAAGUCCUCGUGCCUGGACGAGCAGCAGCGGCGCGAGCUGGGCUGCCUCGACGCUUACCGGCGCCAUGACUUGUCGCUGAUGACGUCACACGGCUCUCAAGCCUACGGCGUCGGCAUGCACCACCCGGACCAGAGGCUGCUGCCCGCCGCCGGCCUGGGCCUCCCUCCUCCGGCGGCAGACGACCUGCAGGGCUCCGUGGAGGCGCAGUGUGGGCUCGUCCUGAACGGCCAAGGGGGCGUCAUCCGGAGAGGGGGGACGUGCGUGGUGAAUCCCACAGACCUGUUCUGCUCCGUACCGGGUCGCCUCUCGCUGCUCAGCUCCACCUCCAAGUACAAAGUCACCAUCGCCGAGGUGAAAAGACGACUUUCACCGCCAGAGUGCCUCAACGCCUCCCUGCUGGGCGGCAUCCUGCGCAGAGCAAAGUCCAAGAACGGCGGUCGGUGUCUUCGUGAGAAACUCGAUCGUUUAGGCCUCAACCUGCCGGCAGGACGGAGGAAAGCUGCCAACGUCACGCUGCUCACCUCCCUGGUGGAAGGUGAGGCGCUCCACCUGGCGAGGGACUUCGGCUACACCUGUGAGACCGAGUUUCCCAGCAAGGCGGUGGGAGAACAUUUGGCGAGGCAGCACAGCGAGCCGAAAGAGACCAACGCACGCAAGAAAAUGGUUCUGGCAACAAAGCAAAUCUGUAAGGAGUUCCAGGACCUGCUGAGCCAGGACCGCUCUCCUCUGGGCUCCUCCCGGCCGACCCCCAUCCUGGACCUGGACAUCCAGAGACACCUCACACACUUCAGCCUGAUCACCCACGGCUUCGGCACGCCGGCGGUCUGCGCGGCGCUCAGCACCUUCCAGACGGUCCUCAGCGAGAUGCUCAACUACCUGGACAAAAACUCGAGCGGCAAAACGAGCGGGCCAAACGAGCAGCAGAUCAACAGCAGCUCGGAAAAGACGCAGCUCCGGAAAACAGCCGAAUCCCAGAACAAAGACGGGAAGUCAGAAAAGACUGAGUAGCAUCUCUUACCCCCCAACACUCACACACCUGGUUGCCGUGCCUUGGAGCGCUGAAUCUUAGGAGCGUAUCUGUGUAUGCGUGUGUGUGUGUGUGUGGGGGUGUGUGUGUGUGUGUGUGACUCCCACACAUUUUGAAUAACUUCUUAAGGAAAUAUUUAUCCCUAUUUAUUUAUCUUAUGUGGAAGUCUAACACUAAUUUAAGUUUCCCGAAUAUAGAAAGUGAGACUACACUAAAUACAAAAUAUUACAAAGUAUUUUUGGUCUAGUUUCUGGUGUAAACAACUAAAUACAUUUGAAAUGAGACAAAACUAACUUUAAAAGUAACUUUUCAGCUCUUACAAAUUAUAGAAAAUGUAUUGCGUGAAACUAAUCUUCGAUUCAAAACGAGCUCCUACAUCUUAUUGAAAACUUACUUAUUUUGUUUUAUUUCAAGUGCACUAAAAUAUUUGCACUAGGGACUCGACCAAAUAUACUUGGUAAUAUUUUGUGUUUUUACAGUGAACAUUUAGUUCUUUAUUUAUUUAUUCUGAAAAAGUUGUACUUUUCCAGGUCAGGGUGUGAAGCUCUACAAAUCAGUGCAUUUGUUCUGCAAAAUGGCAAAACCUUAAAAUGUUUUCCUGCUCUGAUAAUUGACCUGUUCAGAUUGUUUGAGGAGUAAUUGGUUUAAAAUCAAUUGCAAAUUUGGACAUUUUGUUUCUCUGCAUUAUUAGCAGGUUAGAUCUGAAUGCAGAACUCUCAUGACCUGAAGAGCUCUUCAACCUCAAUCAGGAUUUUUAUGUUGGAAUCGCCUUGCAAAGGUUUUCAUGCCGCUUGACCUUUUUCACUUUUUUGUCUUGUUGCAGCCACAAGCAGAAAUGUUUCAUUUGGAUUUCAUGUGAAAGACCAACACAAAGUUAAGCAUAGUGCAAAAAAAAAAAGAAAGCACACAUAUAUAUUUUAGUUUUUUAUGUUUUAUAUAUGUUCAACAGAUUCCCCCAAAUUAAAAUAUAGUAUAAUCAACCACCUUCAGACUUCACCUAAAUAGCAAGUUAUUAAAUUGUAGCCCAGCGGUGUCAAACGCAUUUUUGUUUUGGGCCAAAUCAAGAUCAUGAAUGCUCUUAAAAACCUGUUCACAAACUGUUAAAAUAUCAAUGAAUCCUUAAAAUUCAAUAAUAUUGGACAUCUUUUCAGACCCUCCAGGAUUUUGUGAUUCUUUUUGUAAUAUUUUUCAAUAAAAAUCAAAGUGUUUGUGGUUCUAAUCUGGAAAUAUUUGCGAUAUUUGAACUUCUUUAUGACAGUAAAUGCAACUUUUUAUUACUCGCUGUAUAGAUCAUGGACUAUAAACAGACAUCAGUUAAAACUCAGGCAGCUGUUUAGUACAAGAAAGAAAGUUUUGACACUUUUUGAGAAAAAUCGGACAACAAACUCCCAAUUAUGUUUUAGCACAAAGAAAUGUGGGGAUUUGUUGAUUUUGUGUGAAUUUCCAUAAUAAUUCUCAAGAACCUGAAGGGACUGAUUGAUAUAAUUUGGCAGUAAACCGGUAAAAACUGCAUGAAUUUGAUUGAUAACAUAUUAUUUAAUCACACUUAGUGUUUAGUCUAGAAUCUAGAGGGCCACAUAAAAAGCUACAGCGGGCCGGAUUUGGCCCACGGGCCUCGAGUUUGACGUGUUCUAAGACAAUGCAGUGAAAGUCUUUUCAGAUAAUUAUGAGAAAAUGGAAAGAGUGUGUCAUGACUGCAAAGGUCGUCCAUCUAAGAAAAUAUAACAGUCAAAAGGGCAAAGCAAAUAUGGAAAAAAUUAAUUUUCUUGAUAAUCUGCAUAAGAUUGUGUUGCGUCUCAUUGUGAACACCAGUGCAAAACAUGGUGGUGGCAGUGUUAUGCUGUGGGAAUGCAUUUCUUUAGCAAAACAGGAAGCUGCUCAGAGUUGAUGGCAAGUACAGUAAAUAAAAACCAGUCAGAGGCUGAAAACGCUAAAACUUUAACUUUAAAUUCAUUGAGCUAAAUUUGCAAAGCUGGUAGAAACUCACCACGAAAGACUCGCUGCUGCACUGCAAAAACAAAAAAUCUAGUUUAGUUUCUAGUGCAAAUGUCUUAAUACACUUCAAAUAAAGCAAAACUAAGUUACAGGUAAUGUCAGUGAGAUGAAGGAGUUUGUUUUAAGUCAAUAAUUCCUUAAUUUUGAUGAAAAAUGAGUAUUACAAAUAAUCUGCCAGUGGAGCAAAAACAUUUUUCCUACAUCAGAAGGAAAAAUGUUUUUAACUUUAUGUUAAAAACAUAAAGUAAACAGAGGGAAAAAAUUUCCUUCUGAUGUAGGAAAAACCCUAGGAUUGUAUUAAAUAAUCUGCUCCACUUGCAGAUUUUAUUUUAUUUUUUCAUCAAUAUUAGCGAGUUAUUGGCUUAAAACAAGCUCUUAUUUUUGCUAAAAAUUUCAGUUUUGUCUUAUUUCAAGUGUACAAAAAUAUUUGCACUAGAAACUAAACCAAAAAUACUUGGUAAGUUUUAUGUUUUGACCUAUAGGUUGAAUAUUUUUCGUCUGUGAAACAUUUUAUUUUUCUUCCGCCUCAUAAAUUUGUGCUUUGUUGCGUUGAUCCAAGUUUGUGGUUGUAAUUUAAGCAAACGUGAAAAUGUUGGCGGUAUAAACACUUUUGCACGACGUUCUCAACUCAGCAGGCUGCGCUGGGGUGUGUGUGAGUGUGGUUUUCUGCAUGAAUGUGUGUGUGUAUGAGAGGAAGAGAGGGAGUUAGCUGAAGCAAGAGAGAAGGGUCCAACUCAGCCAUUUUGUAAAAGAGUGACUUUGCUUUGUGCAUGUCUGUCUUUGUACACGAUCCAGAUUGCAAGUUUAGCCGACACGAGCUCUACGACUCGCUCAUGAACAUUUGUACAGAUAUAUAUAAAUAUUUAAAUAACUUUUCUUGUAGGCUUUCGACUAUAUAAAUGUUAAAUCCCUACCUUCUAAAAUGCUGGUGUUCAAUAAAGACAGUUGUGUUCUACAGUU